ACGUCUGUAUCGACCACUGAACCACUGGAUCCGCUCUAUAUAACGAUGCAGAACAACAGCACGUCAUCGGUGGCCAACUCGAAGUGCGGCGACUCAUCGGUGGUGAUGAGUGUUGUCGGCGGCGACUCGUGUCAGCCGCGGACGCUCUAUGUGGGCAAUCUGGACGCGUCCAUCACCGAAGACCUGAUCCUCGCGCUGUUCUCACAGAUGGGUCACGUGAACGGCUGUAAGAUCAUCCACGACUCGGCCAACUCUGACCCGUACUGUUUCGUGGAGUACAACGACCAUCACUGCGCGGCCACAGCACUGCUCACAAUGAAUAAGCGCCAGUGUAUGGGCCGCGAGUUGAAAGUGAAUUGGGCCACCAGUCCCGGCAACACUGGCCCCAAACCCGACACAUCCAAACACUUUCACAUCUUCGUCGGCGACCUCAGCCCUGAGAUCGAGACCCAGCAGUUGAGGGACGCCUUCAGUCCCUUCGGCGAGAUCUCCGACUGUCGUGUAGUGAGAGAUCCGCAGACAUUGAAGUCGAAAGGGUAUGGAUUCGUGUCGUUUGUCAAGAAACAGGACGCAGAGAACGCCAUCUCCACAAUGAACGGCCAGUGGUUGGGCAGUCGUGCCAUACGUACCAAUUGGGCCACUCGUAAGCCGCCGUCCAGUGGCCGCUCCCAAGAGGUCGGCCCCGGAGUGAACACAAGUGUACGGCAGUUGACGUUCGAUGAGGUCUACCAGCAGUCGAGUCCAACCAAUUGUACGGUCUAUUGCGGCGGAAUUAUGACCGGACUGUGCGAUGAGUUGAUCCAAAAGACAUUCGCGCCGUACGGACCCAUUCAGGAGAUCCGCGUCUUUAAAGAUAAGGGCUAUGCGUUCAUAAAGUUUGCCACAAAAGAGUCGGCGACCAACGCUAUAGUGGCCACACAUAACGCCGACGUAAUGGGACAGACAGUCAAAUGCUCGUGGGGUAAGGAGUCCGGCGACCCGACCAUCACUCAGACCGGCCACCAAUCGGGCAAUACUGUGGCCGCAGCGCAAUCGCUGUGCUAUCCGUAUCAACAAAUGGCCGGCUAUUGGUAUCCACAAACAGGUUAUCCUCAGACUAUACCUUCGGGUCAAUUCGCAGUACAGACUGGCGUUCAGUACCCGUACUCCCAAUACUAUACCUCCGCUCAAACACCAACCGCUGGGUUCAACGCGUCUGCGGCGGCGGGACUGGCGAUGCAGAUGGCCUGGCAAUCGGGAGCCGCUGGUGCUGUGCCCGGACAACAGCCACAUUUGGGCGCCCAAACACAUCAGACCGGACUCGGGCCGGGCCUACAGCAGCCGGCAAUGCUCGGUGCCUACCCUAUGCAAGGCUAUCAGGCUCAGUAG